AUGGGCAAUCUCCAAUCCACCUCGACUAAGAACGACAACCGCCGUUCCAACCGCCUUUCCAAACCUUUGACCAGAAAGUUCACCUUCAGCUCCCCACAUCUGUCCCGCUCGGAAGAUGAACCUCCAGAGCUAGCUACCGGGUUAAUUGGAUGGCAGAACCCAUGGGUGGGCUCAACCAUCUCGGAGGUGAAGAACGUCCCCGAUUCAGGAACGAGCGAGGUGACCACUCCGAUCGAGCCAGUACCAGCUUCCUUAGAGCCAGGGACAACGAGAAGAUCUGUCUCACCUCGUGGUACUCUGCCACCACGCUCCAGCUCUUUUUCAGCCGCCUCGGUGGGUAAAAGAGCCAGCCAACCCGUGAUGUCGCCGACUUCCUCAUUAUCAAUUGCGCCAGAGCAGCCAAGGAGGGCGAACUCGGUUCAAAUCAGUCUCCAAAGACAGCGAAGUGUCGUCUAUGAUAAUGCCAUGGAAGAUGCAGCGUCUUCUAACACCCAUUUCUUAGUGGGCAAUCAACGUUUCUCAUUAACCCGUCGACGGUCUUUACUGACACGCCCUGGGGUGGCAACGCGACGGACCACGGGUGCAAUUCGACGCAUGCCAUCACCAAUUGGGGAACCAGAGAUGGAUGAAUCAGAGUCUACUCUUGCAAACUGGCGUCUACCCCCGCGACAGAGACCCCCGCUUGCGUCUGCACCACCGGCCCGGCCCACAAGUCCGGCAGAUGCUCGGUACACUCAACUUGGAGCGCUGAAGCUUGGCUCUCUGCGGGUAGUCAAUGGUUCUGCAUCCCCAUGCCCGAGUGAACGUGUUCCACUUAACCGAGCUCCGGGGCUUGGCCUGGAGGCUAUCCAGACGACGUGUCCAGCGACACUGGAGCCAUGCUCAGUGUCCGACAUGAAAAGGUCAGAUGAUGCUCCAGGGAGCCCAUUUUCCUUCGAGAAAUCUCCUAUAAUCGCGGUGCCUCCGCGGGGGAAGACCAUGCUCAGAGAGCUGGAAGAUGAGGGAAUUGCCAUGUGUGAUGAGAGCCAGCUAGAGAAGGUCCCCACGGAAAUUGGAUUGGAUCGAAGCACAUCACGAUCCCUCAACAAAUCCGACAGUGGCUAUAGUUCCGCCACUUCUCUUCGCUCGAUUCAAGGAAGCCGAACGAGGACGUCUUUCGACUCUCAGACAUCGGUGUCCUGCGCUACGGAUGAGAAGAUCCAGCUCCAUCUCGGCCGGAAAGAAAGAUCUCAUGGAAAUUACUCUCGGCCACGUCCUAUGUCUAAUCGCUGGUAUGAUAACAAUGGCGUCAAUGCGCAAGUGCGUCUUGCAACGAGAACACGCCGGUCUACGCUGUGCGCACCUCGAUACACAGAAUACCCCGCCCAGAAGGAUCUCGCGAUGGAGUCAAGCAUUUCUCCAUAUCCAUUUGUUUUCCUGGAAGAGCAGGCGGCUUCCAACAGAGGGUCUUUCUACGUGGAUCGUUACUCCGUCACGGCACUUGAAGCUUCAUGUAGCUCAAGCUCAUCGGUCACGCUGGAUACAACAAGCAGCUCUCAACAGUCGGUUAGCACAGAGAUACAAUCCCGGAUAUACCGAUCUGCGUCCGAGCAGCGUCUCCGCGGAAACGGAAAGUACAACACAGGGGCCUCGCACUCCCGAUCCCGAAGCCAACGAAGCGGUCGAGUGUGGUGCCAAAGACCUGGCAUUGAGGUGCCGCCUCUGCCAACGAUCUUGUCUCCAGAUCAUAUUCUAGUUGGAGAUGGAAAUGACAGCGAAUUCCCUCUCAUUGAGUCCCGAGGCCGGCCCCGCAGCCGUAGCCAUGACCACCGGCCUCGCAAGCUAACGAAAGCGCGUCCACGGCCUGAUGUUCAUAUGACGACUUCUCCUUUUGCACUUGGCUAA